UGGUAAUAAAUCUGGUCAGUGGUCAUCCUACCAGCAGUGGGGUACCUUCUUUAAAGUGACAUUCCAGUAAUAUUUUGGUCACGGUCGAGUGAUUGGUAAUUAAUAAUUGCGCAAGGUCGAUACGAUCGGUUUGUUGUGUAAAAUGGCGGAAGAUAUGGAGAGCAAAGAUCACGUCAGUUCUUCAGCCUUGAAGAACUUUUUAGCUGGCGGUGUUGGUGGAAUUGCUUUAGUUUUUGCAGGUCAUCCUCUAGAUACUAUUAAGGUUCGUCUACAAACUCAGCCAAAAGUGGCACCUGGUGAAUUGCCACAGUUUGCAGGAACCUUAGAUUGUGCUAAGAAAACUGUUGUCAAAGAGGGAUUUCGAGGGUUGUAUAAAGGAAUGGCGACGCCAAUUUUUCUUGCGACUCCAAUGUGUGCGAUGUUUUUUCUUGGAUCUUCUAUUGGUAAACGUCUUCAACAACCUCAAAACCCUAAUGGCGAAUUAAGCAAUAUCCAACAUUUUAAGGCUGGUAUGGUGGCUGCUGUUUUUGCAACUACUGUCAUGGUGCCUGCUGAUAGAAUCAAGUGUUUACUACAGAUUCAACAAACGUCACCAGAGAAAGCAAAAUAUAAAGGUCCUCUUGAUUGUGCAUGGAAAAUCUUCAAAGAAACUGGGAUAAAAGGACUUUAUAAAGGAACUGCUGCGACAUUAUUGAGAGAUAUACCCGGGAAUGGCGUAUACUUUAUGACAUAUGAAAUAUUUUUGAAAUUAAUGACUUCGGAAGGGGAAAGUCGAGCAGACAUUGGACCAUUGAGAAUUUUUGUAGCUGGAGGAUUUGCUGGGAUGAUGGGAUGGAUACCAGGAAUUGCACCAGACAGCCUUAAAUCCAGACUUCAGACAGCUCCCGAAGGAACUUAUCCUAAAGGCUUGCGCGAUGUUUUUAGAUACACGAUCAGAGAAGAAGGUCCAAAGGCUUUGUUUAAAGGUUUGACGCCAGUUAUGCUACGAGCCUUUCCUGCGAAUGCGGCGUGUUUUCUUGGAUUUGAGAUGGCGUUGAGGUUCUUUAAUUGGAUUUCCCCAAGUUGGUAGAGUUUCAUAUGCGCAAGCCUUAAGGUCUAAACAAACCUUAUUGGCGCUCGUCAACACAAUAAAGCGAAGGUAUUGGUGACCUGUCUGUUUAUAGAAAAAAUGAUAUC